AUGGCCGAUGUUAACGGUCCAUACUUUCAGGCAGAAAACGGUACCUUCUACUUCAACCAAACCUUCUACGGCAACCAACCCGACGAAAAUGGAACGGUCUCUUCAGAUCCAGUGUACCAAGCUACGGCUUUAACCCACAUUGCCCCUCCCAUAGGUGUUCGUUGUAUUCGCGACUCUAAGCUUGGAUAUGCUGAUGUCGACUGGCAAGGCUCAUUCCGCUCAUUCACUGAGAGUGCCCCCCAGUGGGUUGACAGCCACGAGAGCGGGGAUCAAUGGGCAUUUGGCCAAAUCGGCGACGCAAUUGCUGGCAAAUUUACCGAGAUUCUGACAUCCACAAACUCGCCUAUAACCCUAAGUCUCACCCACGGGUUAUACUUCCCAAGUUACAUCCAGGCAGAGACCCUUUACCGGUCAAUCAUGCUCGCGCAUGCCUGGGACGCCCUGGAAUUAAUGUACGACAGCGGCUACUCCUUUGAAUCUGCGUAUAUAUUACCCAAUACAACCAGCUCGCGAGCCAGCACCGUUAUGGGUCAUGGUGUCAUCCCGCCCAUCUAUGUGGGAGUCUUGUUCGCCAUCUGGACCGUAGGCUCUGUGGUAUUUGGCUGCGUGUAUGGGUUUCGUUGCCGAUGGUCUGAUACGUUGGAUGGGUAUAGUAUGUUCCGAUUUGGAGCGGAUUUUGCGCAAGAGAUCAAAGACGAGCCCGAUUUUGCGUGCGCUUCGGAGUUCCAGGAAUGCCAGGCACUGUGGAAACUACCGGGUUUGGUAGGUGACUCUGAGCUGCAGAUGGAUAUUGGGCAUAUUACACUGGUGAAAAGGGGGAAUGAACCGAACAAGGAUAAGAAAUAUCGCUAG